AUGAGCAAUUUAAAAAAACGCUCGUAUGAUUUUAGUAAUCGGAAUAGAAUCGAAAAUUAUUUAAGUAAAGACAAUGAAAUAUUAGUUGACAAUUUCUUAUCAAAUGAGAAUAAGUGGGAUUAUAAUAAAAAAAAAAUAAAAAAUAAUCACAUAGAAGACGGGAAAGUACAGAACGACAAUAUUUUUUGUAAAUUAAAAGACUUUUAUAAAAUUGAUAAUGUGAAGAGUCUUAGAAAUAAAACGAACACAUCGAGUGAAUAUAAGCUAAAUAGAAAUUAUCCAAGCAUUAUACCCAAAUUCGGUAUGAUAGAAAGUAGAUUAAAUACCAAAAUAUGUACAAAUAACACUUCUUAUGUACUUGAAAAGGAUAUAUUAUGGAACUCUUUUGGAAUCGAGAAUAAAAAAUUUAGUUCUAAAGAAAAAAAAACGAAUAAAAAAAAUAUUUCAUACGAAAAAAUCUUUUCAAAAUCACAAAAUAAUUCUAAAACUAAAUUGAAAAGUAGGAUUAGAAAUAAAAAAUAUACUCGAAAAUAUUCGUAUGCAUCUGAAGACUAUAAUGAUGAAAUAGUUAAAGCCAAAAAUGUAAUAAAUCGAAAUAAUUCUUUAAAUACACCCCAAAAAUGUAUUAUAGAAAAAACAGACAUGAAAAUUUAUAUUAAAGAAGUAGUAGAUAAUGAAUAUAAUUUAUGUGCGACUCAAAAUAUGUUAAAACAUAAAAAUGAUAUCGAACAUAUUUUAACAAAAAGUACCAAAAAUGAAGAAUUGAAAACGAAAAAACUCGAUAAGGAUGAAGAAAAACAAACGAUUAAAGAUAUAUCGCAUAUAAUAAAAAAAAACAUACAAAAUGGUGAAUUAAUAGAUCACCAAGCAAAUAUAUAUAACAAUAAUAUAGUAAAUAUUACAUCAGAAGAAUCAGGAAUAAAUGAAAUAUCUAAAAGGGCCAGAACAAAAGAGAAAUGCGAAUAUCAGUUUGUAGACAAUUAUCUAAAUCAUACCCCAACCAUUUUUGACAUAUGCAAAAAAAGAUAUACUAAAAUGGAGAGAAAUGAAAAGGUUUUUAAUGAUCAUAACAUUCAAAAUAGUAUCAAGAAUUGUGUUGAUGAGACAAAUUAUGAUGUUAUAAAAAAUGAAACAGAUAAUACCCAAAUUAGCAUUUUUUCAAAAUAUUUUAUUAAGGAUGAAUUAAAUGAAGAGAUAAAAGAAAAUAGACCAUUAAAUAAUGGUAUUGAAAAUAUAAAUUAUAAUUUAAAAGAAAAAACUGUAAAUGAAUAUAAUAAACAUGGAUGUAUUGAUAAAUUAUGUUUUUCAAAUAUACAAAACAAUGUAUCAGUAUAUGAUGAACAAGUAUUUCAUGAAAAUGAUUACAAUAAUAUUUCUGGUAAUAAAUAUUUUGUUAGAUAUGUACAUAAAAAAAUUGAUCAGGAUAAUUUAAAAGAUAAUAUUGUUGAAAAACGAGAAAAAAUUAAAAGUAUUCAUAGCGAUUUUUUAAAGUUUAUAGAUUCAGAUAAUGAUUUAAUAAAAUGGAAAAAUAGUAAUUGUUGUGAUUCUAUUUUAGUGACUAAUUCACUUAUUAAUAAUCAUAAGGAAGAGAAAAUACAUGAAUUGGUAAAAAUUGAAGAAAUUGCUGAAAUAGAAAAAAAUAAAUCAGGGGAAAUAUAUUUGAUUGGAAAUAAAAAUUCGUCUAUUAAUUCAAAUGAAAUAAACGAAAAUAGUAGCAAAUGUGAUCAGGAAAAGGAUAUAGGAAAUGGUAUAAUAGACAAGAUAAAUAAAAUUAAUAACAAAAAACAUUUUUUAGACAAAAAGUCAAAAAACGAUGAUAAAUCGCCGAAUCUAUAUCCUUAUGAAAAUAAUUCAUCCAAAAACUUGUUAAAAUGUAGCGAAGAUUUUGAUAAAAUUCAAAGCUAUUCGAGAUAUAAUGAUAAUAAAAAAGAACUAUUAAUUAUGGGAGGAUGUGUGGUGAGAAAAAAAGAAGAAAUUACAAAUUCGGAGAGUGUAAACGUAGAAACAAAAAAAAGUAUUGGAAAUAAUUACCUAAAUAAGUUAAAACUAAUAUAUAAAAAAGAAAAAAAAAUAUUGGAAGUAAAUGUAAAAUAUGUUGAGAGGUAUUUGUAUUUUAAAGUAAUAUUAAGUACUUAUAGUAAAAAUAAUAUAAUAUAUAUGAACGAACAUAGUAUAGAUUUUAAAUUAUCAAAAGUAUUAUUUUAUAAAGAUAUCGUUAAAAAAAUAAAUAAAAGAAAUUUUAAAAGUAUUAUGAAGUCUUUAGACUUUUAUGGGUAUAUAUAUAAUAGUAUAUUUUUAAAAAAACUGUAUAAUAAAAUAAAUAUAAAUAAAUGGUUGUAUAAUAAAAACUUUUUUAAUCAAAUUUUUACAAAGGAUUUAUUACAAAUUGAAAUAUUUUAUGAUUUGGUUUAUCAAUUUUUAUAUAUGGAUGUAAAUUUUAUAAAUUUUUUUUUUACAAAAAAUGGUGGAAAUUUUAUUAAGUCUUUUUAUUUAUACCAUAAAAAAAAAUCCAUCAAAUUGAUGAAUAAACUAAUAAUGAACUUGAAUAAAAUUAAUCCAAAUGUUGAUGAUGUUGUAGAUUUUUUGUACGGUUUUUUUUCACAAGGAAAUGAAACAACAGAUGAUGAGCAUUUAAGACAAAACAAGAAAAAAGGAAAAAGUUCAAGAAACAACAACGAAAUAAAAGAAUCGAACAUAGAAGAAUAUGUAAUUUUAAAAAGUUCGAGUACUAUGGAUAUAUUAGAUAGAUCUAUUAAAAAAUAUAACAACAAUAGACGGAAAAAAAAGUUUAAAAAUUCUCAUAUUUAUAUAAAAUAUAAAAAAUUUAAAAAAUCGUUACUGAGAAAUGUUUUAAAUAAAAUUUGGUCACACACAGAUAUAUAUAUAAAGGAAGAAGUAUAUUAUGAUCAAAAUUUUAUUAUAAGAAAAAAAAUUAAAAAAAAAAAAAAAUCUGAGCAAAUUAACAAUAUUAUAUAUCAUAAUUAUUAUACGACAAAUGAUUCAAGUGAUUAUACAUAUGUAAUAUCUGAUCAAGAACAACAAUAUUAUAGUCUUAACAAAUCACAUGAAAUUAAUAUCAAUGAAAAAGCGAAUGAAACUAUAUAUACAGAUACAUAUAAUCAAAAUAUUAUAUGUGAAAAUCCUGAAAAUUUUGGGACAAAUUACCAAGAAAAUAAUUAUGAUGACGAAAAUUAUGAGAGUGUAAUAAAUAAUAAUAUUAAUAUAAAUAAUAAUAGUAUAAAGAAAAUAGGAAAUGCAUUUCAUUCAUUGGACAGCCUUCCAAACGUAUCUUUAGAUUUGUAUUCCAUUGAUUCUGAUAAUGCACACAAGAACGAUUAUUCUAUUUCCCUAUGCUUGAAAGAAGAAGAGAAAUGUAAUGUGAAUAAAUUCAUAAAAGACAUUUCACACAUUGGAAUAAGAAUUAGUUUGAAAGAGAAUAAAAUAAAUUAUUUCAACUGUUUUGACGUUAAUUUAAAAGCUAAGAUUAAAAACCAUUUACUCAGUAACAUAAAUUAUAAUAUAUCAAAUGACGGAGAUCAUGUUUCAGCCUUUUUACCGAUAUGGCCUCGUACCCCCGAUUAUUUCGGAUAUAAAAUUGGAAGGAAUAUAAAAAAGGGGUUUAAUAUUAUAAAGGAAAAUAUAAAGGAAGGAAGAGCAUAUCCAGAAAAUAUUGAAAGGGAUGAUAUAAUUUUUAACAGAAUGAAUGAUAAAACAAAAGAUAGCAGAAAUGGAAAGAAAGAUGAUAUAUGUAACGUGUCUACGAAUUGGCGAAGUAAAUAUGAUGAAUUGAAUAAAUUAAAAAAUAAAGGAUUUUAUUGGAAUAAGAUAAAUAAGAAUAUGCGCGACAACGAAUAUAAUAAUAUAUUUAUGAAAGAUAAUUAUGGGGAUAAAAAUAAAAUUAAAAAUGUCGAUGAAAUAAAAAUAAAAGAUUGUUGUUUUAUAAUGAACAUAAAAAUAUAUCCUUUGCGUACAUUAGCUUUAUAUGUUUUAUAUAAUUCUAUAUAUAAAAAUAAAAAUAUAAAAUUUGUUAAAUUUUAUUCCAACAGCAUAAAUAAAGAAAUACGAGAAUGGUUGCUACUAUUUCUGUUACCUAAUUUUAUAAAUAAAUGCAUACACAAAGUUACAUACCCUCUUAAACUUAACAAAAAUAUUUUUUCAGAGUCUAGUGAGUAUUAUGAAGAUUUUUUUUCAAAUGAAUAUUCAAAAGUUAAUGAUAUUGAAAAAAUUAUAAUUUACACAAAAAAUAAUAGUGAUGAACAAAUCGAAAUAUGUCCAUUCUUUUUUUGUUACAUAUGGUUAAAAUCAACCAAAAGCCCAAUUAAUAAAUGGGUUAGUUCAAAAAUUAAUGAAAUAUUAUUCACUUUCCCAUUUUCUAAUUUUUUAUUAAGUAAAUAUUUUUCGAGCUUUGUUUUAUUUAUCCAAUUGUUUCAUAUUUGUUUAGAUAUUGAUCAUAUGUAUUUGUGUAAAUCACACUUUUAUGUUUCUUUAAAACAUAAUAUUUCAUUUUUGCACGAAUCAUUAGUUAAUGUACUAUUUUCUACAAAUGUCCUUAAAAUGGAGGAUGCCUGA